AUGAACAAUACGCCAUUGACGUUCAAAUCUUUUCGAUACAUUCUACUGAAAUGCGUAGCGGAGAGAGAUCUCUUCACAGGAAAAUCCCUUCACGCGCUCUACGUGAAAUCCCUUAUAGCUUCUUCCACUUACCUCUCAAACCACUUCGUAAACCUCUACUCCAAAUGUGGUCGCCUUUCCUACGCACGAGCCGCCUUCGACUCCACCGAAGAACCCAAUGUCUUCUCUUACAACGUAAUCGUCAAAGCUUACGCGAAAGACUCGAAAAUCCACAUCGCACGACAGCUGUUCGACGAAAUUCCGCAGCCAGACACCAUUUCCUACAAUACCCUCAUCUCGGGAUACGCUGAUGCCAGAGAAACUGUUCCCGCGAUGAUACUUUUCAAGAAGAUGAGAGAAUUGGGAUUUGAGGUUGAUGGGUUUACGUUAUCAGGAUUGAUAGCAGCUUGUUGUGACCGCGUCGAUUUGAUAAAGCAGCUUCAUUGCUUCUCUGUCUCUGGAGGGUUUGAUUCUUACUCGUCUGUGAAUAACGCAUUCGUUACGUAUUACAGUAAAAACGGGUUUUUGAAAGAGGCGGUUUCGGUGUUUUAUGUGAUGGAUGAGUUAAGAGACGAGGUUUCGUGGAACUCGAUGAUUGUGGUUUACGGGCAGCACAAGGAAGGAGCAAAGGCCUUAGCUUUGUAUAAAGAAAUGAUCUUGAAAGGGUUCAAGAUCGAUAUGUAUACAUUGUCGAGUGUUUUGAAUGCUCUCACGAGCUUGAAUCAUCUGAUCGGUGGCCGUCAGUUCCACGGUAUGCUGAUCAAGGCUGGAUUUCACCAGAACUCGCACGUGGGAAGUGGUUUGAUCGAUUUAUACUCGAAAUGUGGAGGUCGUUACGGUAUGUCUGACUCUGAGAAGGUGUUUCGAGAGAUUCUAUUUCCGGAUUUGGUUAUCUGGAACACGAUGAUUUCUGGGUAUUCGUUGAACGAGGAACUCUCUGAGGAAGCUGUGAAGAGUUUUAGACAGAUGCAACGUGUUGGACAUAGACCUGAUGAUUGUAGUUUUGUCUGUGUCAUAAGUGCGUCCUCAAGUCUCUCCUCUUCUUCUCAAGGGAAGCAGAUUCAUGGCUUGGCGAUUAAAUCUCACAUCCCUUCGAAUAGAAUCUCUGUGAACAACGCGUUGAUUUCGCUGUAUUGCAAGAACGGAAACCUGAAAGACGCAAGGCGGGCGUUUGAUCGUAUGCCAGAGCUUAAUGUUGUAUCUUACAAUUGUAUGAUCAAAGGUUAUGCGCAGCACGGGCGUGUAACAGAGGCUCUGCUUUUAUACCAACAGAUGCUAGACUCGGGUAUUGCGCCUAACAAGAUAACCUUUGUAGCCGUUCUUUCUGCUUGUGUACACUCUGGUAAAGUCGCCGAAGGGCAGAGAUAUUUCAACACCAUGAAGGAAACGUUCAAGAUCGAACCAGAGGCUGAGCACUAUUCUUGUAUGAUCGAUCUUUUGGGACGAGCAGGGAAGCUAGAAGAGGCAGAGAGAUUCAUAGAUGCAAUGCCGUUUAAGCCAGGCUCUGUUGCUUGGGCCGCGUUGCUUAAUGCUUGUAGAAAACACAAAAACAUGGCUCUUGCGGAGAGAGCAGCUAAUGAGCUUAUGGUGAUGCAACCAUUAGCUGCAACGCCGUAUGUGAUGCUAGCAAACAUGUAUGCAGAUGCAGGCAAAUGGGAAGAUGUGGCUGCUGUGAGGAAAUCGAUGAGGGAGAAAAGGAUACGGAAAAAACCGGGUUGUAGUUGGAUCGAAGUGAAGAAGAAGGAGCAUGUGUUUGUAGCGGAAGAUUGGUCUCACCCGAUGAUAAGGGAAGUUUAUGAGUAUUUAGAGGAGAUGAUGAAGAAGAUGAAGAAAGCUGGGUAUGUGAUGGAUAAGAAAUGGGCAAUGGUGAAGGAGGACGAGGCAGGGGAAGGAGAAGAAGAGAAACGGUUAGGACAUCACAGCGAGAAGCUAGCGGUGGCUUUUGGGUUGAUGUCGACAAGAGAAGGAGAGGAAAUAGUUGUGAAGAAGAAUCUUAGGAUAUGUGGAGAUUGUCACAAUGCGAUCAAGUUUAUGUCUGCAGUUGCUGGUAGAGAGAUCAUUGUAAGGGAUACUCUUAGGUUCCAUUGCUUCAAAGAUGGCAAGUGUUCGUGCAGUGAUUAUUGGUGAUAAUUAUCAUUUAAUUGAAUAGGAACAAUUGUGUUGACGGAUACAACAUUGGAAGCA